AUGACAGACGGAGCCAUCAUUAAAUUCGACGAAACAGAGGCAAAUGAGGGUGAAGGAUUUAGUACCAGUACAGGAAAGUUUACAGCUCCUUUUUCUGGUGUUUACGGGUUCACAUGGACCUUUUGUGUUGAUUCGCGCACUACGGAUGGCGGUCCAUUGUACUACGGAGAAUACGGUACAAAAUUAAUGAGUGGUAAUUCCGUCAUUGGAGUAUUGCAUACAGAUACGGAAACAACAAAGGAUGACGCAUGCUCAACAGGUUUUGUCAUCAAGUACAUAUCUGAAGGCACGGAAGUUUACGUCAAGAAUUUUUAUGCUCACCAGGGUAAAAUCUUGAGCAAGGAGAAUCAUACCAGAACAACAUUCUCAGGAUGGAAAUUGAAUCAAUAA